AUGUUUUACGCGACCGAUUCGUCCAAGGCCCUGUGGCUGAAUAAUCGCUUGACGAUCGUCGUCGUCUUCAUCGGCUAUAUAGCACUGGUUGCGCUUCUUCGGUAUCGUCGUAUGACAAAGAUUGAGGCCUCAUUCACCCUUGGCAAGAGAAAAUUAUCAAGCAUGACGGUCAAAGAAGCACAUGAAAUUAUAACCCAAUUACAAGAGCUCGAGUUUCCAUAUGCAUUUGCCAAGGCCCGUCAAAUAGCUCUACUAAAGGCCGGAGGUAUCCCGACCAUGUCCAAGCUUUUCGCAGUCACAGGCCAAAACAAUAGGCGCAAUGCAGGGAAGCGCGCCGUUGACACGGAAAUUCUCCUACGAGAGGCUCAAUCUAAGCCUCGAGAUUCCGAUCGGUAUGCGUCAGCGGUGUCGAGAAUGAACUAUCUCCACGCUCGUUACCGUCGUGCUAACAAAAUCACCGAUACUGAUCUCCUGCAUACCUUGGGUGAUGGUCUUGCCGAGAUCCUCAAUGUUGUUGAGAGAGAAGAAUGGCGCAAGUUUACUGAUGUUGAGAAAUGUGCCCUUGGCGUCUUUCACAAGAACUUGGGAGAAGAUAUGGAAAUCCCAUUUAGUCCACUUCCGUCCAAUGCACAAGGCUGGAAAGAUGGCCUGCACUUCGCGAUGGAACUGAGAGACUGGACAAUCCAUUAUGAAGAAGAAGUCGCAAAGCCGACAGCAACGAACGACCAAUAUGUUAGAGUUUAUGUUGAUGGGGCGAUGUCGUCGCUUCCUAGUUUCAUAAGAACACUUGUGCGACAGGUGCUCGGUGCUGAGUUGGACGAUGUCAUGAGGGCAAGUCUUUGUCUCGAGCCUCCCGGCCUUAUGUUAUCUCUUUUACUGGCCCUCAUCCGAGAAUUACGAAAAUUGUCCCUUCGAUACCUUGCACCUCCGCGUCUCUCCUCCCUUGCUGUCAAUCUAGUACAUGACACAGCAAAUCCUGAAACGCAUUUAUACAACUUCGAAAGGAAGGGCCUGCAACCAUGGUACGUCAAACCUACCUUCUGGUCAACAUGGGGAUCUGGGGCGUUGCUGGUCAGAAUAUUGAGAGGGAAGGUACCUGGUUCACGCGGAGACCGAUAUGAACCACAAGGAUACAACAUAAUGACUAUUGGGCCAGCGCCACAGAAGGGGAAAGGACAGGAGGAGAUGAGGUUGCAAAUGGAGGUAAUAAAGGCAAAGGGCGUGGCUACAUGUCCGUUCUCGCAAGCGAAAACUGGUAACUUCAAGUGA